UUUAUUUCGAUUCUAAAACUCGCGAAGGUCGGCACGUGCAACUGUUGUAUUUAGAAAAAACAUUUCAAUAUAUUUCAUAGAGUACUUGUGAAAGGAUCUUUAUAGAUAACGAUCUUUGUAUCCUUUUUUAAAGUGUUUUUAAUGAUUUUCGUGACUCGCGAGUGAUUUAACCAAUUGUUUUUUAUUUUGUAAAUGUGCUUAACUAUUUAAACGCAAAUUUUUAUGUUAAACUGUGAUCAUCGUGCGGGAGUCGCGAUUAGAUUAUUUAUUUUAUAAAAAGAUUAGAUUCUUCGUGUCGAAUAUUUUUGUAUUAUUUUGUUAUUAGUUUCAAUCGUGCAUUUCACACCUGGAUGGAGUAUUAAUAAAAAAUAACAAAGUGAUAUCUUGCUUGCAACAGAUGGAUUUGCGAUAAGCGAACUAUAGAAUUGAUCGAAUCUUUGUCGAGUUUAUACGAACGAAAGUAAAAUACUGAAUUUGUUUGAAAAAGAAGAAGAAGAUAAAGAAAAGAAAAACUAAAAUAAGAUUGUUAUCAAAAAGAUACUGGUUGGAUCAUCGAAAUACGAAGGUUCAUAUUGCGGUUACUUCGAAUGUGUAAUCAGAAGAUUAUGGUGUCACGGAGUCGAUAACUUAAAAAUUUCUCGGAAACGUCUCGAAAGUUGACUUAUACAAGUUUAUAGCCGACUAUCUCUCAUUCCGAGAUUCUUGCCCUCAUAUGACUAAUAUGCCUGGAUGAAAUAAUAUAUAAUAAGAACAAUUUAGAAGACUGUGAACACGUGUUUAUAAAGAAUGAGACAGUAAUAUACUUACAACGAAUUUAAUAAAGAAAUAAAUACGUUUAAUGAAAGUUAACAGUGCAAAGAAAAUAGAAGAUUGACGUUGACUAUACUUUAAAUAAGAUAUAAAAAGAAAGAAAGGGUUCGGUCCCUUAUUAGAAAACUGGUUGAAAGGAGAACAUGGCAGAAAAAGGCCUGUCAGAAAGUGAACGCAACGUAGUUCAUGAAUUCGAUGAAGAAACUACGGUUAAAAGGAUAAAAUGGCGAAAUCUUGUUGCAUUUUGGAUACUCGGAAUGUGCAAUAAUUAUGGUUACGUCGUCAUGUUGAGUGCUGCUCAUGAUAUCCUUGCCAGUAGGUUUGGUACUAUAAACGAAACAAGUGAUACUAACGGAACAGAAAUAAUACGAGAAAGAGCGUGUAACACUGUAUCAACCGGUGUAAUACUUUUAGCUGAUAUAUUACCAUCUUUGGUGAUUAAAUUAAUUGCACCGUUUUUACCAUUUUUCGUCCAUAUUCGACUGGCUACCUGUAUCUCAUUUUCCGCUGCAGGAUUUAUAAUGGUAUCAGUAAGCACUACCAAGUGGCUCGCCAUUAUGGGUGUCGUUGCUACAUCUAUUUCCUCAGGAUUGGGUGAAGUUACUAUGAUCAGUUAUAGUCAUCAAUAUUCUAAACAAGUUAUUUCAACAUGGUCGUCGGGAACUGGAGGUGCUGGUCUUAUAGGUUCCCUCUCAUACGCUGGUUUAGCAACAUGGUUAAAAACAUCGGACACUUUGUUACUGAUGUUGAUUGUACCAUGUAUCCAAGCUGUUACAUUUUGGUUCAUUUUGGUUCAUCCAUCUAAUACGGAUCGUCUUUUCGUUAAACGUCGUACAGAAAGUCAGGAACAAAUCAUUGAAACACCAACGAUAAAUUUCAAGGAUAAAAUACGUUUGAUUCCUGGAUUGCUAAAAUACAUGGUUCCAUUAGGAUUCGUUUAUUUCUUCGAAUAUUUCAUUAAUUAUGGCCUGUACGAGUUAGUUCAAUACGAUAAUAUAUGGUUGACGUAUCACGAGCAAUAUAGGUGGCUUCAAGUGGACUAUCAGAUUGGAGUAUUCAUUUCGAGGUCAUCGGUAAAUCUAGUUAGUUUUAAUAAGAUCUGGAUCAUGGCUGUUCUUCAGUUCUUAAACGUCAUGAUUAUACUUUUCGAAGCUAUAUUUUAUUAUAUUCCUAAUUUUUGGAUCGUGUUUGUCGUUGUCCUAUGGGAAGGUUUUAUCGGUGGUAGUGCCUAUGUUAAUACUUUUUACAGAAUGUCUAAUGAGAUCCCAUUAGCAGUUAGACAAAUUUCAUUGGGAAUAGCAACAAUGGCGGACGCUAUUGGCAUUGCAUUUGCUGGUUGGUUGUCAAUGCCAGUGCACAAUGCAAUCUGUGAAUUACCAAAACCCAUAAGAUUAGGUAGCUAGGAACGAAUAAUUCGAUGAAAAAUUCUAUUUGAAAAUCGUAUUACUAAUACACGAGAGAGAGAGAGAGAGAGAGAGAGAGAGAGAAAGGAGUGUAAAUAAUUUAUUUUUUCAUCGAACUCAAUCGAUUAGUAUAUGAAUUUGAUUUACAAAUAAUUAGAUUUAUAUUGUAGUCUUAUAAUUUAUAAUAUAAUUUUUUUAAUUUAUGUUAAUACGACAAACACAUGUGAUAAAUUUUUGUGAUUUCUUUUUUUGUUGUUGCCAUCCACCAAAGUGGAUUAAUCUUUAGUUAAUAUUUCGUCCUAUUCUUGUUUUUUUUAUUUUUAUUUAAACGU